AUGGCAGGUGCAAGGGCAGCAGGCUUCCUGGUGGGUUUCAUCUGUGCUCCAGCGGUUGCUCUAAUCCUGCUCCCAGUCCGGGAACUCUACGAAGCAUUCAUUGCGGCAGAACCGUUCUUGCCACCCGGAGUACUGCGAAAGGCUUCUGCCGAGCUGUUGGUGACAACCAUGCAAUCGCAGGUGGCUCUCGGGUACGUUGGUGUCUAUGUGCUUCGACAGUCACAGGCUCGAAAAAACGUUCUGCUGACCGUGGACAAGAGUCGGGCUGCAGGCGAGAGAACACUUUGCAGCGCAUUUGUCAAACACGCCGUUUGGUUCAUGGCCUUCGUUGCGAUCCCGUACCUGCUCCAGCGAAUCCUCGUAGAGAACGUGAGCGACUUCACCUUCGCCCGCUUUUCCAACAUGGUGGAGACAGGUCUUCGCGUCGGAAGCUUGUUCCCAAUGGUGUCCGACCCGAACGGGCCUCGCACAAGCUUGCUGUCUGCAGUGGCAUCGUCGAACCUCACAGUUGAUGCCUACGCGGGCGAGAUCGGCAGCAUUGUGCGAA